GGCCAAGACUGUGGCCAACCGUUCUGUGAACCAAUAAAAACUAAUCUAACGACCUGGUCAAAAGACACUGAUUUCGCGAAUCGGAAGAGUUUCAGUUUCCCUUCGACAGGGAACGGUAACGGACGCAUUCAAAAUAUAUUUUUGGUCCGAGGUAGAUAUAGUAUUCAGCAAUGCAGUGGCAAUUGUUUACUGCCCUGGUGCUUUUUGUAGCAUGGAGUUAUCCUUCGCACGGACUAAGGAUACCCGCACUCGAAAUGGAGCGACGCUUGGCACAGAAGCAGGCAAGGAUUGGCUCCAGAAACUAUCCCAUCGAAUAUGUCCUGUUGCCGAGUGCUCGUGGUGGAUACAGAAGGCGCUAUAUUCAUAGUCUGGCUAAAGCAGCUCCUACAACAACGGAACGUCCUUUGGUUCGUGUUUGGAAUAGUUUUGUCCGCAGUGUUCAGCCCGCUUUCAGUUUCCGUAACCUGACCAAUCCGCUGGCUAACUUCUUUAACGAUGGCAGUGCGAACAUCAUCGAGACGUCGCCCGUUUAUCUGCAGUCCUACGAUGAUGAACAGGAGCUGCAGCUGGAGGAACCAGCUCAAGUGGCCCCACAGACUUCCAGUAAACGCAAGCGGAAGCGCCGCAAGCAACAAAAGCGUCGACCAGUAUACGACUCGGGGGAGCACGAUGAUGACUACAGCCCGUACGAUCCCUACUUUGCGCCACCUUCUCCGCCGCGGUCCGCCGAGCCAAUAUUCUUUUACGAUACCAAUUCCGGUAGCUACUACGGAGUACAGCGCUUUAGUCCGCAGGAUUUCCAUACUAAUUUCUACGGCAACUUUAAUAUCCCCCCAAGGGAGGCAGAGGUGGAGAGCGAUCCUGAGCGUGAUGCGCCCGUAACGAGAAGACUCGGAACCAGAAAGGUAACUCUAUUGCGACCACUGUCUCUAUUGUCGGCCAAGGAUCAAUCAUCGACGAACCUAGAAGUUAGCAAACCAGAGCCUUCAAAUGAGAAUGUAGAGACCGCUGAGGAAACAGACAUCAGCGCACCGAUUAGCGAUGACGACGAUGGUGAUACCGAAGACCACUCACCGCUCUCCGAAAGCAUGCGCAAUACUCUUGGCACGUAUAUGCGCGACGAUAGCCACACCCGCCAGCGCCAGAGGCUUGCUAGCGAUGCAGCAGGGGAUUUCGAUUCCGCCGCCAAAGUUUCGCCACGCCAUCAACAACGGCACCUUGCCCGGCUGAGCGCCUGGUAAUUCAUGUUAAGCUAUAAACUAUAAACUCUUUAC